AACUAUUUGGUAAACAUUUUGUGUUACCUUCGCCUAAAAACAUGAACUGAAACGAACGAACAAAUUUACUUAACAAAUUAAGAUCAAAACAAUAACUUUACGUUUAUUUAAUACAAAAAGUGUUGUGAAUUAGACUGAACACAAAACAAAACAAAAACAAAUAUGUUGCCUGGUAUUGGUGUUUUUGGCACGGCCGCUGAAGUUCGUGUUCUCGUUCCAAUACUUCGUGACAAAGGUUUUAAAAUCGAAGCAAUUUGGGGACGAACGAUUCGUGAAGCAGAAGAGGCAGCUAAAGAGCUCAACAUUGCAUUUUAUACAAAUAAAAUUGACGAUGUGUUGCUAAAAAAAGAUGUUGAUCUAGUGUUUAUUUUCUGUCCGCCACAUUUACAUUCACAAAUCUCAGUGAAAGCGCUUGGCAUUGGAAAGCAUGUUGUAUGCGAACGAAUGGGCCUUGGUCAAGUGGAUGCAUUAAAAAUGGUCAGAGGAUCCAAUUAUUAUCCAUCGUUAAUAUCAUUAGUAAGUUUUUCAUUGCGAUUUUUGCCGGCUUUUGUCGUUAUGAAACGUCAAUUGAAUGAAGAAUAUUUGGGACCCAUCAAAGAUGUCUCACUCAUAGAUGUUCGAGUGCAAAUGGGAAGUUUGUUGAAUGACAAAUACGAUUGGCUUUGUGACGCAACCAUGGGCGGAGGUGUACUCAAUUUGAUCGGCAGUCAUAUAAUCGAUUUGGUAUCAUUUUUGAUUGGUCGACGUGCGACAAAAGUGCAUGGUGUUGUUAAGACAUACAAUAAAAUGACAAAAAAUGUAUCUGGAAUACGUCAAGUCACCGCACCGGACUUCUGUAAUUUUCAAAUGGAAUUGGAUGGUGGUGAAGUUAUCGUUACAGUUUCAAUACUCACAAAUGUUUCGACCACAAAUUUUUUACAAGAAAUUUUAGUAUGCGGAAGAGAUGGACAUCUUAUUGUACGUAAUGCUGAUUUAUUUGGCCAACGAAAAACAUCCGACAAAGAGGAAACUCUAUUUGUGGACAAAGAUAAUGUGCAAACACCCACCAAUACAUAUAAUGUUAUGCCUUAUCCGUAUAUAAAUGGAAUGUGCAAAAUGAUAAGCGCAUUACGCGAAUCAUUUAUUCAAGAACAAAGUAGCUGGGUGAAGGAACCCGUACAAUCGGCGGCUAACUUUGAUGAUGGACUGUAUGUCCAAGCCGUUUUGGACGCUGUACGACAAUCGAGCGAAAAUAAAAGUUGGAUCAAAGUUCAGGUGAUGUCCGAAUCACCAACAAAUCAUGCGAAAAUUAUGACAGCAGCUCGAAUGUCAGCAGUUGUUAUGCAUUAAAUCAACUUUUUUUUUCCCUAUGAUUGAGCAUUUGUUCUCAAUUUGUGUUCAGUGUUAAUUAUGAAACUUUGAAAACGACACGUAAUACAGUGAUAAAAUGGCUUGGAUUGUAAAAUAAUAUACAUACUCUUGUUGUUCGUAUUUAUUCCUUAUCAUUGAAUAGAAAUGAAAGUGUUUUUUUAAUAAUUAUUCAAAGAAGUAUUACUAUCACCACUAAACAACAAAAAAACAUUAAUCAUUGUUCAAAUAUGACUUUAAGUUUGUUACACCAAAUGUUCACAUAAAAUUAAAGUAUGCCGAUUUCGAUGGGUGGUGCAGUUUAAUUAGAAAACUUUUAAUUAUCUACAAAUGAGUUUUCAACACGAAUAGUGAACAAUGUCCAAGCACACUUUUUAUUAUGUAACGAUACAAUUCAAAUGAAACAUUCUUCAUUAAAAUUGUAAUGAACGGCACAGGUGUAAUAAAUAUCAUUAGUCGUCAUUUUCAAAUACAUUUUUCUAUUAUUAAUUCGUUUCAAACAUAUUGCACAUAUGAUUUUAUAUUUAAUGUAAUGCAUUUCAAAUGUAUCAAAUUGGCAUUCGAUUGAUUUGAUAAGAGACCAGCAGCUAUAACCUAUUUAUUAAAAUUAAAAAAAAAAGUUUAUUUCUAAAUUUAUUGAAUUUGUACAAGAUUUUUCGAAUAAAAUAAAAAUGAUUCAUAUAAAAACGCUUUUCAAACGUCGGUACAUGUUUGUCAACUCUUAGAUCUAUCGGUGAGGUAAACAUUGGAAAUUAUACACAAUUUUGAAGGAUUUUAUUUCCAUCGUGCUCAAGUUUCCAAAUAAUAAUCAACAUGUAUCAUUUGUUUACUAGUAGUAAAUUAACGAUAUUCUUAAUUUUUGUCUCGAUCAUAUCUCAAAAACAUAUUAAUGCUGCUUCAACACAACAAAGUUUCUAUAACGUGAGUGCCAGACUUCCAGCGCACUGCGGUGGAUUCAUAAGUAAAAUAAUGUUUUUGUCAAGUUCAAGUGGACAUUUUACGUACAUUGUUUUUCCGGAUUUACCGCAUUAUCUUGUAACACCAUAUCAAAACCUACGAAGGGCGCUAACUGAUGCCUUUUUCAAAAAAGCUCAUGUACAAGUUAAUUCUGAAAAAUGUUUUCAGGAAGAUUAUAGUUUUAAAUCAGUCACAUUUGCCAAAUAUUUCUAGCAAAUGUGUUGCGACAUUGAUUUUUUCAUAGAUAAGAAUUUAUUUAAAUGCUAAAUAAAAAUAAAAAUAAAACAUUGUGUAUGCUUUGCCAUCGCACAUU